CGAAUUUCGCCAGCAACAACCUUGUGAAACAAGAGUGAAACGGUGCCUAGAAGCCUCACCGUCGGCAUCCCAACCACCAAGAACUCGUUUGCACACAUCUGGGCCUUCAGCAAGAACUUCGCUCAAUUUUGGGGUACAAGUUCCAUCUUCUGAUAAAGAGAAUAUAACUGCGUUGGAUGAAAUAUUAAACGAGGCGAACAGAGAACUGAUUAAUAUUGCCCGUAAAGACGAGCCAUCCGUGCUAAGGAAUGGAACAUACGCAGGAUUAAGUCAGUCAAACUGGAUGACAGAAGUGGUAAAUGAGCUCUCGACGAGGUGUCCUAAUGUUGCAAAAAUAUUGUCAAGUUUGCUCGAUUGUUCUAUUUUGGAUGCAGGAAAUAAACUACCGCCAAUUUCCCUAAUUUACGGCAUUAUCAUGUUUGUGAGAUGUCAUCACUUGAGCCGCAUUCAAAGAAUCAACACCAUUCUUCUGACAGAAGGGAAAGCAACUAAAAAUUUGAUUGAUCGAUUCAACAAAUAUGGGCUCUGUUUGAGUUUUUCUAACAAAUAUGUUGUGCUUGACGAUAUUGGGAAACAUUUUUUGGAUCGUGCUGUCGAGUUGGUCAAAUCUGGGAUGAAAUUUGUCUAUGUGGUUGAUAACAUAGAUUGGGAAGAGAAAGUGCAUGACAUGAGAGCAGACCAUCAAAACAAGAGUGUGCAUGCAUGUGCAACUAGCAUGGUGUUCAACAGAGUGCCAAGUGACCACUUACCUGACAAUGGUCCACAGAAAGAUAUCGCAACUUGCAAUUUUCGUGAAAUUGUUUCAUUGUCAGAUGCAGAAAUGACAACAAUUCGGAAUCGGUAUAAAGUAUUCAUUGCGAGAAUCCUGGUUCAAAAGUUCACUGAACUAUUUGGUUUAAAGUCCUACAUUCCAGAGGAUCUUGUACUUCAUGAAAAUUCUGAGAAGACAGCUUUGAAAUCCGAAAUUAUGACCCUUCCAGUUCUCAUGAAGGAUGAAAAAAAGUACAGUGACUGUGUGGAUGUUUUGGAUCAAUUGGAGCAAUGGACAGAGGAUGUGUGCAAAGCUAGUGGCAUAUACAACUUUGAUCAAUCUCCAUCUACAGCUUCCCAUCCUAUUGUUCAGGUGCCCACACGCCCAGAUCAACCACGAUCACAUAUCCCACCAGUUGGUUCCCAAACUGAUCCUUUAGAAGGUGUGAAAAUUCCCUGUUUUGGUGAUGAGUUGACCCGAGUAAGGUUUGCUGGAGCACGAGAUCUUCGCUCUGGAUGCCAUACACCCAAACAACGACUGGAUCAUUUGUACCCGUAUCGCAUUGUUGGAUGGCAUGCUAAAAGAAGUUUCUUAAAGUCUGUCUUCAAAAGACUCUACAAGAACUCUGGAAGAGAAGCAGGUACCAUUAGAUACUUCCGAGAGGUACUCAACAGGAGAAAUGUUACAGUCGAUAUAAAACAUUAUGAAGACUGUGAGCAGCUGUUCAUGAGUGUUGGCAAUUGCUAUCUUGUUGAAGCAUUGCUAGAGUUCUUCAAGAUGGAAAAUGUAAACGAUUCUCCAAAGGAAAAUAAUCCAUUGCCUGAUCAAGAGAUUUGA